AGGAGGGCGUUCCACGGGGUGCACACUCCGCUGCUGCGCACGGCCCUCCUGCAGGCGGAGUCCCAGGCGGCGGCGCGCACGCCGUUCGGGACCACCGAGGCGAGGGGCGUGCUCGUCCCGGACGUGCGGCGGGUGCAGUCCGACGUGGGCCAGUACAACUCCAGCGAGUCCCUGGGCCAGUCCAUGUCCUCCACGCGGCUGAAGGAGCAGGCCCGGAUCGGCAAGGCGGGCGUCUUCGGCUGCAGCAGCCGCGGCGAGCGCUUCGCCCGCACGCUCGUCGAGCAGGAGGCGGAGGAGGCUCCCGCGCCGGGGCACAACCAGCCGGACGGCGUCGCGUUCCGGGUGCAGCCCACCCGCGCCGGGCCGCCCACGCGGACGAACCCGGGCGGGGCCGCGCUGAAGUCCGCGGUGCCGCAGUGCGCGAGCAUGCCGACCAAGAGCUUGCCGCCCGGGCCCGGCGCGUACGACCCAGGCGCCAGCGCGCCGCCGAAGGCGGGCGCGAGCGCGAUGGCCGUCGCCAAGCAGUUCAGCGCCCCGAAGACCGAGCACGUCUCGUUCGGCUCCUCCUCGAGCCUGCGGUUCCACAGCCCCAGAAAGGAGGAGAGGCCCGAGCCCGGCGAGUACCUCCCGAAGCCGCUGCGGGGUCCCAGAGGUGGCGCGGCGAAGGUCACCUCCAAGUACCCAGCGCUGGAGCCGCUCAAGGCGGCGCCACCUGGGCAGGACCCUGGCGCGUACCAGGCCGAGGCGUCGAAGAACCACUCGUUGCUCAGGCGGUCUUACAACGUGGCCGCCGCAGACCCCGAGGCCGCCCAGAGGCACCCGUCUGAGCCGGCACCUCCAUCGGUGGGCGGCGGAGCCGGCGGCGGUGCCGCCGCACUGCGCGUCCGCCUCGGGACGAGCCAGGGGAGCUUCAACCGGGAGCAUUCUCGCAACUGAGUCUGCGACCGGGGGCGCGGCCGGCUCGUCUGUUGCUGCGGUGCGGCACACACGCGGGCCGCUGCGGCGCACCAAGAGUCGAGGUAAUUCGUCCUUCCCGUCUUUUCGCGUCCAUGCCCUUAUGCAGCAGGCCGUCCUGUUAUCUUGCCCAUCACGUUUCAAUUUCCCUCUG